GCAGAUGCGCGUGGAGCGUCUCCUCUGUGAGAAGGAACAUCAGGAACCAUCAGGAUGUCCGCUGGAACGCUGGACAAAAACACCACGAUAGACUUGAGGAAGAAGCACGUUGGGCCUUCUUGUAAGAUUUUCUUCAGCCAUGACCCCAUCAAGAUUGUGAGAGCCAAAGGCCAGUACAUGUAUGAUGAGAAGGGUCAGCGCUACCUGGACUGCAUCAACAACGUUGCUCACGUGGGUCACUGCCAUCCAGAUGUGGUGAAGGCAGGAGCUCAGCAGAUGGAACAGCUGAACACCAACUCGCGUUUCCUGCAUGACAACCUUGUGCUGUACGCCCAGAAGCUGCAGGCGACGCUGCCCAGCAAGCUCUCAGUCUGCUACUUCGUCAAUUCUGGCUCCGAAGCCAACGACCUGGCUCUCCGACUCGCAUGGCAAUACACAGGCCACAAAGAUAUCAUCACACUGGAGAAUGCGUAUCACGGCCACGUCUCCUCGCUAAUUGACAUCAGUCCAUAUAAGUUCCACCAGCUGUCAGACGCCGAGCACAAUCCAUCUGUCCAUGUGGCUCCCAGCCCAGAUGUGUACAGAGGUAAAUACAGAGCGGACCACCCCGACCCGGCCACGGCAUACGCAGAUGAAGUCAAGAAUAUCAUAGAAAAAGUCGACAAAAAAGGAGGCAAGAUUGCUGCUUUCAUUGCUGAAUCUCUACAGAGUUGUGGCGGGCAGGUCAUUCCUCCUGUGGGCUACUUCCAGCAAGUGGCAAAACACGUCCGUGAGGCCGGGGGCGUUUUCAUCGCCGACGAAGUCCAGGUGGGCUUCGGUCGGGUCGGCUCCCACUUCUGGGCCUUCCAGCUCCAAGGAGACGACUUCGUCCCCGACAUCGUCACCAUGGGGAAGCCCAUCGGCAACGGCCACCCCAUGUCGUGUGUGGUCACAACCACAGAGGUGGCCGAGGCCUUCAUGUCAACGGGAAUGGAAUAUUUCAACACAUUCGGCGGAAACCCGGUGUCGUGCGCCAUCGGCCUCGCCGUCCUGGACGUGAUUGUGAAAGACGACCUGCAGGGUAACGCCGUACGUGUCGGCCGCUACCUGGUCAGCCAGCUGGAAAAGCAGAAGGAGAAGCACUCGCUGAUCGGAGACAUACGCGGCUGUGGUCUCUUUGUCGGGGUGGAGCUGGUGAGGGACAGGGUGAAGCUCACGCCUGCAGCAGCAGAGGCCCAAGAAGUCAUAUAUAAGCUGAAGGAACAACACAUCCUCCUCAGUGCCGACGGGCCUCAUCGCAACGUGCUCAAGUUCAAGCCCCCGAUGUGCUUCAGUGCGGAGGACGUGGACGAGGUCGUGCAGAAAAUCGACCAUAUUCUGACAGAACUGGAGGAUGCUCUGGGCCUGAAGCUGCACAGCGUGUCGGAUAAAGAGAAUGAAGGAGGGAAAAGAAAGCUGCUGACUGAGGAGAACGGACACCAGAGGGACGCCGGCUUCGUCCAGAGCAGAGCACACGGUCCUCAACACACCAAACAAGGCAAACGCGUCAAGACAUGAAGCCGCCUGUCAGAAAGCACAUUUAAUAUAAAGGACUGAUAAAAGACGUCAUGGAUACUCCGUUUAAUCAUGAUUCUUAAAUCGAGGAGAUAGCAGUGGCUUUUCGGUCUUAUUUUGAAUCACUCUCAGGUAUCAAGGAGCUUUUUUAGCACCAUAACUUGUGUUAUAUUUGCUGCUGUGCGCGUUACCUCUUACCGUGUUAUUUUUAAAUUAACCGACACUCGUGUGAUUGUUAUUUUUAAUAGAAAUACAUUUUAAUAAAACCACAAUACUGCCAU